AUGUCUGCCAGUCCAACUCCCUCUGGCGGUGCCGAUACCAAGCCCGCUGAUCAGAUUCACUUCCGCUUCUGUCGCGAGUGCUCCAACUUGCUCUACCCCAAGGAGGACCGCGCCACCAACCAGCUCAUGUUCACCUGCCGCACCUGCCACGUCGGCGAGCCCGCUACCUCCCACUGCGUCUACCAGAACAAGCUCAACAGCCAGGUUGGAGAUACUGCCGGUGUCACUCAGGAUGUUGCCUCUGAUCCCACGCUUCCUCGAGCGAAUAAGCUUUGUCCGAGCUGCGGUGAGAACGAAGCCGUCUUUUUCCAGUCCCAGCAGCGUUCUGCUGAGAGUGGAAUGAAACUCUACUACGUGUGCUGCGCCUGUGGCAAUGUCUUCCUGUGA